UAUAUUCAUUGGCACAGAAUAAAGGAUGAAGACGUGGUUCGUGAUAUCUUUUGGUGUCACCCUGAUGUAGUGAAGUUAGUCAGCGCAUGUAAUUUGGUAUUUUUGAUAGACAGCACUUACAAAACAAACCGGUACAGACUCCCACUGCUCGAUUUUGUUGGGGUGACACCGACUGGGAUGACAUUCUCUGCCAGUUUUGCAUAUGUGGAGGGUGAACGCGUUAAUAAUUUGGUAUGGGCUUUACAACUCUUCCGAGGCCUUUUUUUAAAGCGUCAUGCCCUCCCUGGAGUUAUUGUCACUGAUAGAGACCAAACAUUGAUGAAUGUAGUGAAGGAUGUAUUCCAUGAAUGUAGAAAUUUGUUGUGCAGCUUUCACAUAAACAAGAAUGUGAAGGCCAAAUGUAAAUCACUAAUUGCCCAAAAAAAUGCUUGGGAUUAUGUCAUGGAUUGCUGGGGAUGUCUGGCUGAUUGUCCUUCAGAACAGUAGUUUAAUGAAUGCCUGAAGAAGUUCAAAAUGGCUUGCGCACCUUGGCCAAUGUUUGUUGACUAUGUCAAGGAAACAUGGAUAAUGCCACACAAGGAAAAAUUUGUUUCCGCCUAGACUAAUAAGGUGAUGCACUUAGGAAACACAACAACAAACAGGGUUGAAUCUGCUCACUCGUCUUUAAAAAGAUUGUUACAAAAUAGCCUUGGAAACUUAUGCAGUGUGUGGGAUGCCAUGAACAACAUGAUUACGUUGCAGCACACGGAGAUUAAAACAUCAUUUGAAACAAGUACACAUGUCGUUGGACGUGUGUUCAAAAAAACCUUAUACAGGAGGCUUCUUGGAAUGGUUUCAAGGUAUGCUUUAAAUCAGAUUACUGCUAAAUUAGAGCGUGUUGACUAUGCUGGCAAGAAUCCCUCAAGUUGUGGUUGUGUGGUGAGAACAAUGCUUAGUCUUCCUUGUGCUUGUGAGCUAUCCAAAUAUAUUAGUGGCUGCAUCCCACUGGAUUCAAUCCAUAUGUUCUGGAGGAGACUCAGUUUUUCAGACCAAGGGUUAUUUGAGCCCGAGGUGAGCAUCAAUGAAGUAAUGGAAGCAAUAUCCAAAAGAUUCGAAGAACUUGAUGUUUGUGGCAAGUUUACUCAGAAGACUAAACUUUGGGAUAUUGCAUACCCUGAUCAGAAUUCAAUGUGUCCUCCUCCAGCAAAGGUUUACACAAAGGGGGCACCGAAGAAAGCUAUGAGCAGGAACCCAAGGUCAACAAAGCGUGAUCCAUCUUACUAGGAGUAUGUAGAUGCCUUUGAAUCUAUGCAAAAUAGCAAUUCGUCGGUGAGGCGUACUGCAUCAUCCUCUGAGCAACCGAAUCGAAGAACGAUAAUGCCCAUGUUGGACCAGUUUCAACCAUUUAUGCACGACUUCAUUGAUAAGAUUGUUGAUGUCAAAGUUGAUGGUAACUGUGGAUAUCAGUCGGUUGCCGGUUUAUUAGGUAUGGGUCAAGACUCUUGGUCGAUGGUCUGCAACCAUCUGCUUAAAAAAACUUGCCAAAUUCUCAGAAGACUAUAUCAAGCUCUUUGGUGGCAUGGAGAGAUUUUAGGAAUUUUGAGGAAUUAAGGAUGCCACUACUUGUUGAUGGGUUAACCAAGGUGACUACAAAUAAGUGGAUGGAUAUAACGGACAUGUGACAUGUCAUUGCAUCAAGGUAUAACGUAAUCGUUGUAUCCUUGUGUAAACAACAAAGCACGACGUUCUUUCCUCUUAGAAGUCAACCGCUAGCAAAUUCUUCAUUGCAUCAUAUAAUUUGUAUCGGUCAUGUGUAUGCCAAUCAUCUUGUUGAGGUACAUUGUAGAUAUGAAGUGUUUUUUUUUAUAUAUUUAUGCAAUGAGUUUUGUAGGAUUGAGUUAACAUUUUUUAUUUAAAAGAACAUUGUCCCUUACCGCCUGUAGCAUUGUUAUGGUCUAGCAAUUGUCAUCCUCAGGCGAAGCCGUGGCCAAAUCCAUAUAUUAGCAGAAUGCAACAUUACAAGAGCUUCGUGAUGUUCAAGAGAGACUAUAUUUACAUAAAUGAUGAUUGAACAUGUAAUUUAUAAUGGCUGAUCAUUUUGAAUUGGAUAUUCCCAUUUACUUGUUUCGUC